ACAAUGGAGAAGGAAAUGGCUGCCUGAGCGACGUGCAGGGCAGCGGCCAGCCUCUACCACAGAGUCUCCCCAACUGGACUCAGACGACGGUGGCAGGAGGCGAGAACAGUCACCACAGGCCCUGCAGGGGAGUCGCGAUCCAGCAGCGACCCCUAAUAUCGGAGCUUGGAGGAAAGAGAAGCAAAGUGCACAGCGUGUUGUGGCAGUUGAAUGAUGCUUAAGUUACCUUGAUCUCUUAUUUUCAGAGAAGAUCAUACUCCUCGCUGGAGAAGUUGGGGGCAUAGUAGCUGAGCCUUCCUUGAUAAUUUUCCAUUCAUUCACCACAAUGGAAAACUCAGAUUCUAAUGAUAAAGGAAGUGUUGAUCAAUCUGAAGCACAACGUAGGCGACAACUGGAUCGAUUGGAUCGGGAAGAAGCUUUCUACCACUUUGUAAAUAAUCUGAGCGAAGAGGAUUAUAGGCUUAUGAGAGAUAACAAUUUGCUAGGUACCCCAGGUGAGAUUACUGAAGAAGAGUUAUUGAGAAGACUUCGUCAAAUUAAAGAAGGUCCCCCACAACAAAACAAUGAUGAGAAUAGAGAGUCAGCAGAAGAUGUGUCUAACAGCGAUUCCAUCAUAGACUGGCUUAAUUCAGUCCGACAGACUGGAAAUACAACAAGAAGUGGACAGAGAGGAAAUCAAUCUUGGAGAGCAGUGAGCAGGACUAACCCAAACAGUGGUGAUUUCAGAUUCAGUUUGGAAAUAAAUGUAAACCGUAAUGGGACUCCGAGUUCAGAUAACGAAAAUGACUCGUCUGUAGAACCUUCCAUUGGAGAAGAUAUCGAAAAUAAUAGCCCAACCGACAUGGAAAUUGAAAGAGCCGAGUCACCAUUUAUCAGGCAGCAUGGAUCUGAAAGGAACGCCCUUGAGGAAUUAACUGAAGAAGUGUCUCUUCCCAGAGGUCAGAGAAGGGCAAGAAGCAGGAGUCCAGAGCAACGGAGGAUCCGAGCAAGGACCGACAGAAGCAGGUCACCUUUGGUUUCAGUAACUGAGCUUCCCCGAAGAGGCCAUCACAAUGUCACAUCUCAGACUUUCGAGAAUUCUGUGGGAAACGAGGCAGAGGGGAGUUCUAGAACUAGGCAGCAUGUGACAUUGAGACAACACAUGAUGGGAACUGAACUGUCAAAUGAAAAUGCCAUUUCAUUUUCAGCUUCUGACAUGAGAAACAUCCCUCAGGCAUCAGGUUCUUCAGAAACCAGUGGGAGUAAUGAAUCUCUAGCUCCUGGACAGAGACCUCCAACUAUAGUCCUUGAUCUUCAAGUGAGAAGAGUUCGUCCAGGGGAGUAUAGACAGAGAGAUAGCAUAGCUAGUAGAACUCGGUCGAGAUCUCAGUCAACAAAUAACACGGUCACUUACGAAAGUGAACGUGGAGGGUUCAGGCGCACAUUUUCACGUUCAGAGAGAGCAGGAGUAAGAACUUAUGUCAGCACUAUCAGAAUUCCCAUUCGUAGAAUCUUAAAUACAGGAUUAAGUGAGACGACUUCAGUUGCAAUUCAGACCAUGUUAAGGCAGAUAAUGACUGGCUUUGGUGAAUUAAGCUACUUCAUGUACAGUGAUAGUGAUACAGACCCCAGUGGCCCAUCCUUGAGUCCAAGUCUUGACGACCCAGAACUUCAGAACCCAGGAUUGGGUACUAGUGGUAGUGGAGGUGGCGUUAGUGCUAGUACUAGUGCUGGCGGAGGUGCCAGUAGCAGUAGCAGCAGCUCCAGCAUGGAAAGUUUAGAAACUAACUCUGAAUUAUAUGAUGGUAGCAACGAAGGAACCUCAUCUGGUAUUAGACGGGAAGGUAGAAAUAGAGAUAGGAGUUCGGUUACAUUUGAAGAAAGUGGUUCUUUGCCUUUCCUUAGUCUAGCUCAGUUUUUCCUGUUAAAUGAGGAAGAUGAUGACCAACCAAGAGGACUCACCAAAGAACAGAUUGACAACCUGGCAAUGCGAAAUUUUGGUGAGAGCGAUGCAUUCAAAACCUGUAGUGUUUGUAUCACUGAAUACACUGAAGGCAACAAGCUCCGAAAACUGCCUUGUUCUCAUGAAUACCAUGUUCACUGCAUCGACCGCUGGUUAUCAGAAAAUUCCACUUGUCCCAUAUGUCGGAGAGCAGUCUUAACCUCUGGAAACAGAGAGAGUGUCGUCUAACUGAGAUAUGGACUUGGAGCUAUCUCGCUGUUUAGAGUUGAUGGGCAAAACCUGAAAACAGUUGUCACUUGCUUUAUGGCCACUUUUUGAGUGGUGUUAAGUGUAAUAUCCUGGAGUGCAUCUUUGCUUCCAAUAAAAUGUUCACCCCUUUCCCAACUCCUAUGUGAAAUAAAAGCCAGUUACUUUAAACAGCAACAUCUUAGGGCCCGGAAAUCUGACUUUUAGUAUCAAUAAGUAUCUAUUUUAUUGAACAUAAUUUUAUCAUAAGUAUUUUUGGUUUCUCUUAAUUAUUUUAAAAGAUAUGUCUUAGUGAUGGUUCCUCUCAGUUUCAUUUUGAUCUUGAAAGAUCUAGCCCUGUACCAUCCAGGAGAGAGCCGUGUGAAAUGGAAGCCCAGGUUGGAAUUAGUUUCAUGUAAAUUUUUUUUUUUAACAUUCAAGCUCUACCAUCUCCAGCCAUUAGUUAAAAUUCACCUAAAUCAAUAAUAUAAUUUGUUAUAAUUACAGAUUAGAUGGGCAUAUCAGUGUAAAUAACACUAAAGGUAGGGUCUUCUAAUUGUGUAGCUGUCUCCUAAGCCAAUCACUGGCACACACUGUAGAGUGAGCUAUGAUAGUUUAAUUGGGAUAUUUAUCUUGUUGUGGAAAUAAUAAAAAUGCCUAUGCUUGUUUAAAUAAAAAUCACUUGGGGGUGGGUGGGUUAAAAAUGUAAGGCUUUUUUUUUUUUUUGUAGAGGCUCAAUACUCUUUCCAGUACAGUGUUGUAUUCAUUGAAAAUUUAAAAAAGCACUAUGCUUAGAUGUAAAAAGACUUUUCAAAUGAGGGCCAGUAUCUGUAGAAACACACACAAUGAUACAAAGCUGUAUUUGUUACAUAUAUGAUUGUCAAGAACAGCUUAUCUAGAAUUAUUCCUUUAUAUGAACAACUACAGUAACCUGAAAUGAGCAGGACAAAGUUGAGAACUUAGUCCUCUAAUUGCAUUCAGGACCAACAACAAGCAUUUUAGCGAUGCUAGUUGAAGCUUCGGGAAUGCCAGCAGAAAGGAGAUGGGUAGGUUUGGGUAGAAGGAGAGAAAGCUCUGAAGAGCUUAACUUGCACUUGUCAUUCCAAUGUGCCAGUUUUACACAAAGAGAUCAACACAGGCUUGAUGCCAUUUAUUCUUUUUGAGUAGGUAAAGGUGCUGUGUUGAAUUUUUAGCAAUUUUGAUUGAGUUUUUGGUUUUGUGUUGUUUUUUAAACAAACAAACAAAAAAACCAAACCACACAGGACAGAACUGAAAUUUUCACGACUCUCUCAAUGUUACAGGCUAAUCUGCCCCCAAAGUGAUAGUGGAGGUACAAGACUUAAAACUCAUUUUAGCAGAAUUCUAGCUGCUACAGACGUGCUCUGAAUGGAAGAGCCUCGAGGUUUUGUCAUUUCAGAGUUUCGCUAUUUAAAGGUUAAAACAUGCUUAGUCUAUCUUACUGUCCCUUUAAUAUAGAUAUACCAUCUUAUAUUUCUUCUUUUAAAGUCCAUUUUAAAAAGUGAAGCGCCGCUCCCUCUCCCCCAGUUUGUUGAACGUGUUAGUGAUACUGGGCUGUAUUUGCUAUUCAGAGUUCAAAUGUGCUUUUCUUUCCUGUAGUUGAAGAUGUCACUACUGAUACUCCCCUUCCUCCACCCACUAGUAGUAGAACACAAGCAUACCUUUAGCUUGUUUCCUUGGUAGCAGGGAAGGGUUUGUGAUGAUGCCCAGCCACUUGUAUGGUGCCACUUGUAACCAACCGAUGUGGCUGAGAUGUCUGCCUUGGGGGAGCUUAUGGAACAGGAUCUUUGUUUUUUAAACGGGGCAGACUGGCCUAAAAUUGGGGUUGAACUCAUGUCCUUGGCCUUAUUUAAGCAGCAUUUCUAACCAGAUGGGCUGAGGGGGCCAGGCACAUUCAAGCGUCCUUCAAAGUAAACAAUUGAGUCUGCUUUGGACAUUAUCUGGGUACCUUAACCGGCAUUUUCCUAGCAGUGUACUAAGAAUUUGUGCUGCCCUUGCAAUGAAGGUCAAAAAAUCCAGACAAAGCCUCAUUUUUUUUUUAAAAAGGAGUGAGCAGAGGUCACUUUUAUGCCGUAGCCAUGAUGAAUUUUAUCUUUUAAAAAACUGAAAUUGGACAUUGAAAAUUGAGAAUUCCAUUCCAUUCUGGAGCACAGCCUUGCUUUCUUUUCUGAGGGUGUGCAAGCCACUCUUUUCAAAUCUUCAGGGGUGGUUUUCUGAUUGGCUUGAAAUGAUCUCCUCUCUGGAACAUUCUAUCAUAUGGGGAGGAAGUGAGAAAUGUUCAACCUCAGUUGGCUUUGAAAUCAAUGCAGCACAUUUUAGGCAUAGAAGCAGCUUUUAUUGAGGACAGGGCACCUCUAGCCAUCUACCUUUACCUUCUAUGAUGUAUUCAUUUAGCAAGUAUUAAAGAAGCGGGUCCUAUAGAAUGUUAACACUAACGAACAUGGGUGUGGGAACUGUUCUCCAUAGGCACUGGAAACAGUUUUUUAAUUUUGCGGUAGAAUGCACAUGAUGCUUCUAACAUGCGUGUUGGAGGCAUCUUUUUCAGAAGCACUCAUUACUCUUCCAUUGGAUUGUGAAGUGGGGUUUACUACUUAACUAUAAAUACUUUAUUUUUUAACUUGACAAAAUUUGUAACUUCUGUAUCUUACUGGGAAUAUGGAGAUUGACUUAAGCCCUGAUCAUUAGCAGGGAUCAGAUGUACAGUGGAGAGCAAAAAUGGAUCUGUAUUUUCCCAGCUAGCAGCUGAAUGCCCAUUGUCUGGAGGGCCUGUUCUCUUUUGAAGAGACUAUGCUUCAUUGUGCGUCUCUAGCUUUAGUUAAUUGCAUAACAGUCUCCUCUUUAAAGUCUGUAUGCAAUAAUAACGAGAUAGAGGCAACACUGUAUAGUGCAUAGAGAGCUGGCUUUAGGGCCAGAAGCCCUGGGUUUGAGUCCUCCUGACACACACACACUGUGACUCUGGGCAAGUUCACUUAACUAACCUCUCAGUGCCCAGGACAACUUUCUGUGACUUACUGAGAAGUUGCAGUUCUGCAGAGGAAGAGAAUAGAGAGGGAGUUUCCAUGCUGGAAGCUCCCUACACCAAUGGAAUCAGGUCUGGGCCAACCAAUGACAACAAAAACACCCCCAAGAAAUGAGAUUUAACUCUAAGUUUAGGGGAAUACUGAAAACCAGAGAAUUUUCUGGAGUGUUUCCAUUUGAAAUAAUUAAAAAUGUGUUGAAGGGUUUUUGUUUUGACUCUAAGCAAUUGAUCAAAUCAACCGAGAUUUGUUAGUGUUAGAUUUCUCCAAGUGCAAGCUUUCUCAGUAACAUUUAAUAAUGAAGCACUUUGAAUAACUGCUCAGAAAAGUAAACCUCCCUCGUUGUAAAUGGGGUUCUGGAAGGUUCUCCUGGUUGGAGGGAGAGAGAUUGUUCCUGUUACAUUAGUAACAAGAGAUUUAGGCUUUAGAAUUUCAUUUGACUCAGUGAUCUUUUUAAGCUGUUUUCUUCUCAGAUGUUGACCUUCAUCUGAAUCUUUAGAAACUGGUUGGGUAUUAUUAGCAUUACUUCAAGUAAUUUUUCUCUUCUCCAUUGUCUCUUCCCUGCCCUACCUCCCUCCCCUCCUCCAAAAAAAAAACCAACUCCUUCUGGUGCUUAGUGUCAUGAUGUUUGAAAUUAUACUUAAUGAUUGAAAUAUGAUUUCUCUUUACCAAAUGGUGAUGACUCGAAGAGGGCUGUCUUUAGGCUUAGUUAUUUUCCAAAUACCUGUCUCAUAGGGAGGAUAAAGAACAUCCCAAAGCUAUUCUAGCUAUUAUCAGUUCUUUGUUAAACUGGCUUACAGUGACACCUUGUGGCCAUUUUAACACCCUCUUCAACAAGGGAGGAUUUUCAGUCUCAAAAAUAAGAUGGGUUUUCUGCCUUAAAAGAAAAAAAAAAAAAGGGUUUUCCCUUAAAUGAGUUCCCUGUCAAAAAUCAUUAUUAAUUUUGAAGUUCAAAGAAGCCAAAUUAUGCCUGGUAUGUUGUCUCCUGGCAUGGAGCUAACUGAUGACUAUAUCAUCUGCUUAAACAUACAAAUCCAAGGCACCUAUUUUUAAGGUAUAAUGCAUUUCAGUAUUUUGGGGGGUGAAUAAUGCAGUGCUGUUAUCUACCGGUUAUUGGUAGAUUAAACAUGUACUUGUGAUCGGGGUGGGUGGAGGGUGACCCUUUGGGAUAAUAAGGCAACAAGUCGUGGUGCUUGGAAAGAUAAGAGCAAAAAGAUGGAUGUGAAACUCUUUUUGACUCUUAGAAUCCUAAGCUGAUGGUGGUUUGCUGCCUGCCCUGUCUUUAACUUUCCAUUUUUGAAAUCAAGGGCCUUUGGUUUCACCAAAACUCUUUCUAGCGAUUAUCCUGAGUGAGUUGUUUGCACCAUUUUAUUUAGGUGAGGGCAUCCAGCAGUUUCUGGAGUUUGGGUUCGGCCAUCUGAUGCAUGCAGUGCAGUUCCAUUAAGGCAAUGGUGCAACUCGGAAGGUGUUCUUUUCCUUUAACGUUUUUGAUUGUGGUCUCUUGUCAUUUCUAUAGGCACCAAAUCAAGUGUCUAAAAUCUGUUUCCCAAAUACAAUUGCAGUGAAGAUUUGUUUUUUGUUCUGAAAACAACUUUCAGAAAGCACACCCAUAGGUUGCAUUAUAGCCACCUGGGUUGAGAGAGAAACGUGUGUAUGUGUGUGUGUGUAUGUGUAUACACACACACAUACACACACACAGACAUAUAUAUAUACACAUACACACAUAUACAUACAUAUUAUAUAUAUAUAAAUAUACAUAUAUAUUUGAAUGAGAUGCAGAGGUGGUUAACAAUCCUAUUAUGCCACACUGUGCCUUGGUAUUUUCAAGGCUCCUCUAGCAGUCCCUGUCUUGUAUACUUACUGCAGUACCUUGCAAGGUAUGGCUGCAUCCGUUCCCCAGCCUUUGUUCUAAAUAGUUAGUGCUCCUUUACUAACACCCUUAUCCCGCUGUGCUUUGGUGUGGGCACCUGCAGAGCCCUGGGAUUUCAUCUCUCCUAUUAGCUCCUGUGUUCUGGUGCUGCUUUAGGGAGUAGGGUUGAGUCAUACUAUCAAGUAACUAGUCCAGUAGGUGUGCAAUUGGCUUCUGUAUCUGCCUGUUUUAUCUUCUCCUGGGACGUGCUGCUAUGGGUAGGUGUUUACUUGGGUCUAUGUCAAAAAACUGGGUGACAAACCUGGGAACUUUCUGAAGCCCAUGAGAACCUGGGGAGGAGGGAAUUGGGAGGGGAAGAGCAACUAACACUGGCUUUGUGUCUGUGUACACAAAGCGUAGAAAUGUCUGUUGUGUGAAGACUAACUAGUGCUUGUCAUCCUACGGCUUCCUGACCUGCAGGAGAGGCUUUCCCUCCUUUCAUUCCAGAAACAGAAUGGAGCUCAGAACGAAUUUAUUUGGCUGCCUUGCUUUUUCUGGUUUCUCGUUUUUCCUUCAUUUUGACCUGAACUCGACACUCUCCUCCAGCAGACCUUUCGGUUGGGAAGUCCUGUGUUUAAAUGAGAUUGUAUUGCAUUUCCUUUUUUGUACAAUGUUUUAAAUCUGUUAAAAAUGAAAACUUGUUUAUUUCAAAGCAAAAACCCUGAAGGGCCAUAUUAAAACAGUUUAUUCUUGAUAGUUAUCUUUUGGGAGGAGUUUAUUUCCUAUGUAAAUGUCAUACUGCAAAUUUAAAUUAUAGUCUAUCAAUAAAAUGCAUGAAGUGAU